AUGGCCUGGAAUGUGCUGAAUGGAUGUUCGCAGGGGCUUCUCGGCCCUCUGCAUGUCCUCGAAGAGAAAGUUGAGAUCAUUCGGCCAGAUGGUCAGGCAACUGCAGCCUGUACAGAGCCCGAGGUAGUGAAGAUGAGGGCAGGAGACCGCAUGUUCGGCAUGAUGCCGCUGUCCUUUGCAACAUACCCAGCCAUUGCCUUACGCUACUCAAGCGUGGAUGUGGCGCAGCUGAAGACGUCGCUGGAAAAAGCGCUCAAAGCUGUUCCCCUCAUGGCAGGACGACUUCGUAGCACUCAGGAUGGCUUCGAGGCGGUGCUGACUGGGGAGGGUGUGCCAUUCUCGAUAGUUCGGUGCUCAGAGAAAACGGCCCCAGAGUUCGUCGAGGAGUCCAAGCUACCCGACUUUGGCAACUACUGCCGGCCCCCUGCAGUUCGAGCCGGUCGUGAACCCUUGAUGACCGUGAAGUUGACCAUGUUCCAAGAUGGAAGUAGCAUAUUGGCAUUCUGUCGCUCACACAUGCUGUUCGACGGAACUUCGGCCUGGACAUUUCUUUCUUUUUGGGCGAGCCUCGCGCGCGGGGAGGCGACCUCAGCUCCAUGCUCCAACAGGGACAAGAUCAGCCAGCUUGUCCCAGAUGAAGAGACAGUGCAAGCCUUGGCUCAGAAGGAGAUUGGCAAGACGCUCUCAGCGUCCUGGCUCAAGGCCAUGGUUGGGCAGGUUCUGGUGCCAGCUCUUGCCCCCAUUGCGGACACACUGUUUCUGCACGCCAGAUUGGGCUUGAACAGACACAGGGUCUACUUCUCAGAUGACGAGCUAGCAGCUAUCAAAGAAGAAGCCACACCAACCGAAGUAAAGCCAGGCCAAGACAAAUGGGUCACAACACAAGAGGCAUUUUGUGCUUACCUGCUGAUGACGCUGGGAAAACACAUUCUGCCACCAGAUGCAAAAGGUAAAGUUCAGAUGAUGUUCCUACUGGAUGCCCGUAAGGCACUUGGGCUUCCCUCAAACCAGCUUAUGGGAGGUGGCCUGACCUUCACAAGCGUAAUGGUGGAGGACCUGAAGCUUUUGACGCUUCCCGAAAUUGCCAGCAGGUUGCAUGAAGGUCUCGCCAAAAAGGAAGGAUCCCUGGAGUCACAGAAAGCACGCUGGCAACUACUGAACGGCGCCUGCGAGAAGAAAUUGGAGCAUAGCCUCAUGCAGGAGUUUCACUACAAACGUGAUGUUGACAUGAAGCUUGCAGUGAACAACUCGUCGAAGCGUCCGCUCUUGGAUUUCGGAACCGGCCCUGCGGAGAGUGUUGUGUCCGAUGCAGGACCAAGCCUUCUACUUCCAGCCAAGGAAGGUGGUCUCUAUCUUUAUCUCGACCCCCAAGUUUUCUCAAGUGCCAAGUGCUCCUCAAAGGAGAAGCGCAGCCAAGCCCUUGAAGCCCUUCGAACAGAUCUUCCAAAGAAGGGCACUAAGAGGAAGGUCGACAGCUGA